AUGAUUCGCGCACGACGAAGCAGCGUUGAAAAGAGGGCAGAAAUGGACGAGGUGACGAGAGCUGAACGAGCGCGAGUUGACGAGCAGCACAAGAUCGAUGAGAGAACGCAGACACCAGCACAUCAUGCUCGUGCUCACGGAUUUCGAGCAGCACAUGCACUUAAUGCCGUUGUAGAGUUGAGUGUGGAGCGGUGCGAACUCUCCACCACCAUUGUCCACUGGCCAUCACUCUGCUCUGGCGGCGUCUUGGCACUGAGACAAAGCGCCGAGGGGAAAUCAUCAGGCGAUUGUCCCGGAAUCCCACAUCCACUAACAAUCGUUCUUGCGAAUUAG